AUGCCUGAAUUCAACGGGACUACAACGCAGGACGAAGUCAUCGCUGCCUUCGGCUCUUGCGCCAAGGGUCGCACCUUUGUCAUCACCGGCGCUGGCCAGCCGAGCAUUGGAAGCCAGAUGGCCACCGCCUUGGCCAAGGUCGAGCCCGGGCACAUACUGAUCGCGUCUCGGUCCUUCAGCAAGGUCGAGCCUGUGAUCAAAAGCAUCGAGGCCACUAACAAGUCCAUCAAGACAUCCUUUGUCCAGGUCGACCUGUCUGAUCAUAUAUCAGUCCGACAGGCUGCCGCCAAGAUUCUGCAGGCAGCUCCCGCCAUCAAUGUGCUAAUCAACAGUGCCGGCAACAUGGCCAUCAACGAGUACACUCUAGACAAGCAGGGCAUUGAGAUUCAGCUAUCUGUCAACCACGUCGGCCACUUCCUGCUGAUAAACCUGCUGGUUCCUGGGUUGCUGGCUGGUGCCGCCGAGUCCACGGCCGGCGCCCGUGUUGUGAACCUGACCAGCGGCGGCUAUCUCGUCAGCCCCGUCCGCGCAUAUCAACGCUGGAAAGCCUACGGCCAGGCCAAGACGGCAAACAUUCUGUUCUCCUUUGGACUCACUAGGCGCCUCCGAUCGCGCGGUAUCACUUCGACAGCUGCCCAUCCCGGCUAUAACAGCGAUACCGAACUGGCUAAGCACCUGACCUGGGCUGACUUUGACGAGAUCGAGCCCACUUCCAAGGCUAACACGGGCAAGGAGUUCGUCUGGGAAGAACCGAGGAUAAAGGCCUUUGACCAGAUCGCCGCCACGCCCCUCAUUGCCGCUCUCGACCCUGACCUUCCUGCCAAGUCACCCGCUUACCUGCAGAACAGCUGCGUCACUCCGUGUGAUGAAACGGCAAGCAGUUCCGAGAAUGCAGACAAACUUUGGAAGUUGAGCGAAAAGCUUGUUGGUCAGGAAUUCAGUCACUAAGUGUCAGGUGCAAAUAAGCCACAGUGGCUUGGCCUGGACAGGGGUCGGAGAUGUAUAACUAGGCUGCUGUGACCCCUCUUCUUUUAGAGAGGGCAGCGAUUAACUUGUCGUUAUUGAGUCCCCUAUACUACGCUAUUGGUACCUACCUGGUGACUGGCAGCUUGUUUCGCUUGAGCACUCUCGUCCUUCACUUUGCACUUGAAAUCCCGUGACACUAAG